UCAGGCGAGCUACAGUAAGGAGGUCUCUCGCGAUAAAAACAGAUUUCAGCUGCGGGCGGGGUUGGUGAGGGUGAGCGCUCUCGCGAUACUUUGAAAGUACGGCGGCGACAGCCACACUGGUGAGAGGACCGGAAACUCUUGGUCUUGAGCGUCCAAUACUGGAAGCGGCCUUUCUUUACCGGAAACCCUUUUCCAGGGAAUAGGAAGACUGCCCACCUGGCCGGAAGUCCCACCUCUCUGAGAUUUUCCCCCCACCCUUCCAUAACUUUUUCAGUUUGCCUCUUUUCCCUUCCUCCGACUUAUUUGUGCACCAGGAAAGGGUAUUGUCUUCUUCUGAGCUCCACUAAACGGGCUUGUUAUCUCAGUCUCCGAGCUGGGUGCCUUCCCUAGGUCCCCCAUGUAGUUGAGAAGUGGGACCUGGGGGUGAUUGGACCCCUGGGAUCCUAAAGGAGGGGCAGGGAGGGCAGAGAACUCGGCUUCUGCUGUCAGGACGCGACCUCCUUAGCCUUACCCCUCCUGCUGUCAUGCACCCUGCGGCCUUCCCGCUUCCUGUGGUUGUGGUUACUGUGCUGUGGGGAGCUGCUCCCAUCCGAGGGCUUAUUCGAGCGACCUCAGAGCACAAUGCCAGCAUGGACUUUGCAGACCUCCCAGCUCUGUUUGGGGCUUCCCUGAGUGAAGAGGGACUCCAGGGAUUCCUUGUGGAGGCUCACCCAGAAAAUGCUUGCAGUCCCAUUGCCCCACCACCCCCAGUCAACGGGUCAGUCUUUAUUGCACUGCUUCGAAGAUUCGACUGCAACUUUGACGUCAAGGUCCUAAAUGCUCAGAAGGCUGGAUAUGCUGCAGCUGUGGUACACAAUGUGAAUUCCAAUGAGCUUCUGAACAUGGUGUGGAAUAGUGAGGAAAUCCAGCAGCAGAUCUGGAUCCCAUCUGUGUUUAUUGGAGAGAGGAGUGCCGAGUACCUGCGUGCCCUCUUUGUCUACGAGAAGGGGGCUCGGGUACUUCUGGUUCCAGAUAAUAGCUUCCCCUUGGGCUAUUACCUCAUUCCUUUCACUGGGAUUGUAGGACUGCUGGUUUUGGCCAUGGGAGCAGUAAUGAUAGUUCGCUGUAUCCAGCACCGUAAACGACUCCAGCGGAAUCGACUCACCAAAGAGCAACUGAAACAGAUCCCUACCCAUGACUAUCAAAAGGGAGACCAGUAUGAUGUCUGUGCCAUCUGCCUGGAUGAAUAUGAGGACGGGGACAAGCUACGGGUACUUCCCUGUGCUCACGCAUAUCACAGCCGUUGUGUGGACCCCUGGCUCACUCAGACGCGGAAGACCUGCCCCAUCUGCAAGCAACCUGUUCAUCGGGGUCCUGGCGAUGAGGAACAAGAGGAAGAAACUCAGGGACCAGAGGAGGGUGAUGAGGAAGAGGAACCAAGGGACCACCCUACCUCAGAAUGGACCCCACUCUUGGGCUCCAGUCCCACUCUUCCUACUUCCUUUGGCUCCCUAGCUCCAGCACCCCUUGUUUUUCCUGGGCCCUCCACAGAACCCCCACCUUCUCCUCCCUCUGCCAUUCUAACUUGAUCUCCCCCCCCCCCAUAUACACACCUAUUUGCACAAGUUCUUUUCCUCUACUCUUUUGAUAAGGGACUUUCCCACCCCAGCCUCAUUGUUGGGGGUUGUGGGAGGGGGGUUGUGGUAGAACAGGGCAUAGGAAGAAAGACUUCAUUUCUUGGGUUAAUAAAUUUUUUUGUGGACUAAGGUAAA